GGAAGCCACCUGACCACCUUCACCACGGCGCGCUACUCGGCAUCCUACCGCGCAGAACCUCUGCGCGUGUCCUCGCGAGACGAACUCGCCGAAAUGGCGGCGUCCAGUCAAGGAAACUUUGAGGGAAAAUUUGAAUCCUUGGACCUUGCAGAAUUUGCCCGAAAGCAACCAUGGUGGCGCAAGCUGUUUGGACAGGAUUCGGGACCAUCAGUUGAAAAGUAUAGUGUGGCAACUCAGCUGUUAAUUGGAGGUGUAACUGGAUGGUGUACUGGAUUCAUAUUCCAGAAGGUUGGGAAAUUGGCUGCAACAGCUGUGGGUGGAGGAUUUUUCCUCCUUCAGAUUGCAAACCACACUGGCUACAUCAAAGUUGACUGGCAACGCGUAGAAAAGGACAUGAAAAAAGCCAAAGAACAGUUGAAGAUUCGUAAGAGCAACCAAAUACCAACUGAGGUGAAGAGCAAAGCUGAGGAGGUGCCUAAAAGAAUUUUAUAAACUCAAAAUACCCAGAUCAUCAGGAAAGAUGAACAGUCCUUGCUGCCCUCAUCGAAAAAAGACACAGUAGCCAUGAAAAAUUAACUGAAAGUAACAGAUGACAUAAAAUCAAAAGAAAGAAGGUAAAUAGAUCCAAUGUGAUUGUAUACUUUCAUUUCCCCAGCUUGCAUACUUAUCACACUUAAUUGUGGAAAUGUGUGCUACGUGAUCCAUAAGCAUUAGGUAAGAACAGGCUGCUGGUAUUGUGCUACGAGAUUUGGGACCCUGUUUGUGGGAAGACUUGAGUUGGAACUGAUUUGGGAGAAAAGAGCAAAGCAUCAACACCUUCUUUUAAGUAGCAGCUUAAGAAUGUUCCCUUAAGAAUAUACUGCCACAUCUGCCUGGUUUGCAGAACUGCACAGGGAUCAGAAAAACAAAUAAAAGAAACAAACGUAGAUUGGUAGCAAUGCAAACAUUUUCUUGGCUUUAGUACUGCUCCUAAAAUCCUCAUGUAAAUAGUAAACUGGUAAAUUGGGUACUUUAACUCUUCUGACGUUGGUCGAUAUAACCCCAAAUAAAAUUCCUUUUACGUGUCAUUUCACCAUCAGGAUAGGAUCUGAGGGAACGUGUUAAUAUGUGGUAAGACACUUUCGAACUUGAAUUAAAAAGUCCUUGAAUUCCCCUUCCCUGUCUCGAGCAGAUAUGUCAAAAAGCCUUUGUAGAAAGCAGCGGCAGCCAGCCCAGCUGAAGAGUGAUUAGCACUGUUUCUGUAAAAG